AAAAAUUUGCCCUCCCCUCUCCACAGUGCUCCAACUGCCAAAACAGCCCUUCUCGAGCGGGGGAUCCCGUGAUAGGCUGGCCAUGAGGCCACUACAGAUGACUAAUUUUUUCGUCUCUGCCCAGCGGGAAAUUCUCUGCUUUUGUCUCCCCUGAACUUUUUUGUUCUAUUCAAAUUUCCACACCUUUUUUGUUGCGAAACUAUGCUAUCAUUUGCCCAGCCAAUUCUCUCCAACUCUUUCUUGUUUGCCGAAAUUACGUUUGUUCACCGAGUUAAAGCUAUUGCCUCGCCCUUUAUCCUGUGAGGACUAUUGCCAACUGCGCUUUUAUUAUUCAUUUUCGCGUCUGCGAGUGCUCCCUUAUUAUUGCCUAUUAUAGACCAGCGCUCGCUUCUUUUUUUCUUUCCAAACAUCCCCUGCGACCAAACAUACGCUUUUCUCCUUUUUCUCACAUUUUAUCCACUAUUACUACCCAUGAGUCAGUGCAGCACGCGUUCGGUUCUGGGACCCCGCUCAGCAAACUACAGCAACAUCGACACACCGCGCGCGCGCCGCCGUUCUCUGCGCCGGCGUAAUAGCAACACAGUGCCGGUUAUUGCGGUCCCUAUUACAGACGCUAUGGGACGCGCAAAGGGGUCGUUUUUGGACAGCAGCAUCCUGCCAGCGCCUGUAGUGUCGGCAGUGGAUUUUAUCGUGGACAUGGCGCAGUUCUUUUUCCCGUCGCUGUUUCUGGCGUGCAUUGACUGCGAGUGCCCGUCGCAGCGCAUCGCCUUACCCGAGUGCCUGCUUGGAUUAAAGAGGCCGUGGUUCAGUCCGAGUGCCAGCAGCGUGUCUGACGAGCCCGGCGACACCUUUGGGUUCGAUCACAAUCGGUGUGCAACGUGCGCUUGUCAGUGCCAGUGUUGCAUUAGCCGGUACUGUGCCGACCUGGUUUGGCGUGCCAACAUCGGCACCAACACAGUUGCUGGUCUCAAAGGCGUCAGCCGGGAUGUUGUGGACGACACGCUGGGCUUGGUUGGCGCUGCGAUGGCCUGCCCCCCGCCUCCCGAAAAAAUCAGCGACAAGAUGCUCAUCCACGAUGACCACGCCCAGGUGGCUGAAGGUGGCGGCGCUCAGAGUCACAUUGAGAAUUCGCGCCGUGCAGCAGCGCCAGUGGCGUCGGAUAUCUCGGGCCCCACGCAUGCUGGCGACAAUCAGCUGGCGUACAUCCAGAAGCUGGAGCGCCGGAUCCGCAAACUGGAGCUGGUCAACCAGCUGGUCGAGGACGCAUACUACGAGGUCAGCCAGCAGCUGGCGGCUGAGCGGCAGUCAAAGAUUUUCAUGCGCAAGGUGAUGACCCUGCAGCAUGACCAGGACAUGGAGACGCUGGUGAAAUCCCUGCAGGAAAACAUGGCUGCUGCCUCAGAUGAUGAGGAUGGCAAGCACCCGGCCUUUGUUAUCCCUGGUAGCGGCAGCGAUCAGGAGUUUAGCGACACCGACAGCGCCAGCUUCCACGUCAAGCUUGGCUUCCAGAUGGAGCCUCGAAAAACGCCACCGCAUCUGCCUCUGCUCCACUCGUCUCCGAUUUUGCACACCACCUCCGAUCUGUCGCCGCCGCCAUCCAUCCGCCGCAGCGCCUCUGACAGCACAAAGGUUAUGCUGCCCGGCGACCUCGGCAUUGACUUCCUUACCACUGCUUGGGAGGUGGAUGAGGAGGACAGCGACGUCGAUGUCCAGUUCGACCAGCCUGAGAGCCAGCUCGAAGAAGCCGUCACCGACGACAACGACGAUGCCUGGGAGAGCGAGGAGUCCGAGGACGACUCGGACAUCGACGAGGAUGAUGAUGAUGAUAAUGCCCACGAGCUACAGAUCGAGUUCAUGUCUGUCCCUGCCCAUGCCAUUGAUGCCGAGUCCAGUGACGAUGAUGCCGAUACCGAGGAGUCUGACAACGAGUCUGAGGCAUCCGAGGAUGUUGACUCGGACGAGGAUGAAGACAGCCACGACAUCACAAUCUCGUUUGAGGGCUUCCACCACGAUCCCAGCACCGGCGAGGAUGCUACCAUGGAAUGGGAAAUACACUCUGAGGGCGAGUCGGAGACCACCGACAGCCGGCGCUACUCGAUAUCGGAUGACGAGGCUCUGAGCGGCAGCGACUUUGACUCUGUCGACUUUGGAGCCCCUCCCCCUGCCGUGCUGGCUACCCCGCGUGCGCGUACUCCAAUUUGGCGUGCUGCGGCUUCUGAGGUCGAAAGCAGCGAUGAGGCGGAGCUGUCUGAUGAUGGUGCGAAGGCUGUUGACCCAGUCAAGGCCGUCAUCGACCGCUACUAUGCCCGCACCGGUAUCCUCGACCUGGCCGCGGACAUCGACGACAUCACUAUCACCGAGGACGACUCGGAAGGCGAGGCUGAGUCACCCGACGAGGACUUUAUCCGUCGCCACACUCAGCGCCAGCGCGAGCAGUCGCAGUCGCAGCCGCAGUCCUCAGCUGGCGAUAUCAUGGGCAUCACCGAGGCCGACGGCAGCGUCCAGGAGCGCAUUGCGACGCUGCCUGUGGACCAGCGCAUCGCAAAAUUCAUCUGCCGGGCGUCAUCACACCUGCUGCAGGGGGCUCGCGGCGGGCUCAACCCAGGGUUCAUGAUGAACAAUAUCCAGGAGCUGGCGGCUGAGUUCGGCUCGACUCACGAGUCUGUGCUCUGCGCCUUUAUCGAGUCUCUGUACCGGCUUGUCGAGUCCACCGCUGACUACUCGGCCAGCGACGCAGUCGCAAAGGCUGUCGCCGAUGUGCAGGAAGCUGCCGCGUCUCGCGACGAGAUCGGGUCGCCGCUGCAGGCAGUGAUGCGCAUUGUCAAGCUGUUCCACGCAUUUAUCGUCAGGCAGAGCGACCAGGACACAGUGCUGAGGCAGCUGGAGCGCCUGUCGCUGGCCAACCAGCGGGCGCGGCUAGCCAAGCACGCCGUGCUACUGCGCAUCAUGUACGAGUCCGAGCUCAUUGACAAGAGCCCGAUCGUGCAGUGGUACGAGUCGCCCGAGUCAUCCGACGGCGAGGACGAUGCGCUGGCAGCCGAGAUCCGCGAGCAUGCCUCGCCACUGAUUGACGAGAUCUCGAGCAGCGACGAGCAGCUCCAUUUCAGCAGCAUGCCAAAUCUCCUGUCGCCGGUCUCGGAUGAGAGCACAACGCUGAACUCGCAGUCGUCGGACAGUGAGAGUGCGCCGAGCGGCAUCAUUCACGACUUUGGCGUCAUGCACUCGAAUGGCUCGGGAAUGCUUGAUGCUCACGCCAGCGGUACGUUGGACGCUGCGCGGUCAUAACAAGCACUUGCACCGCCGGCAUCAUCACCACCAUGCUCGCCACCUGGCAGCUGGCAUCGACUCUGCGGACUGCCAUCAAAUCGUCAAAGAAGGUCACCUUUGUUGUUGGGUAAACGCAUCUCCUUAUCCCGUCAUCUUUCUUUUACUUGUAACAUACUUCACAAUUCGAUUUUUUAUACAUUGCAG